CUUCCACCACUGAUCACAUCAUUUCCUCCUCUGCAAACCUGCCUCUCUUCCUUCCUCUUUCAAACACACACACAUUUGAAUAGGCGUGCAAGGCCUUAAGAGGAUUAUGUCAAAGGGGAACACAAAGCAAUUACUGUCACUUAUCAUCAUCAUACCUGUGUCUCUCUCUGCAUACAAAUACGCACAUGACCCCCAUCCCCCAACACUCACACACACCCAUUCACAAUACUGCAACAGGCUACUCUCAGAAAAACCACUGGGACUCAGUGAGGCAGGGGGAAAGUGGAGAAACUGAUGCAGGAUGCAGGAAUAUGAUGUUAUUGUGCUUGGAACUGGACUUAAGGAAUGCAUACUGUCAGGUUUAUUGUCUCAAAGUGGGAAAAAGGUUCUUCACAUUGACAAGAAUACUUACUACGGAGGAGAGAGUGGAUCCAUUUCUCCCCUUGAGCAGCUGUACAAGAAGUUUAAGAUUCCAGGUCCUGAUAAGUCUAUGAGCCGUGGAAAAGAGUGGAACAUCGAUCUUAUCCCCAAAUUCUUUCUUGCCGACGGUGAGCUGGUGAAAAUCUUGGUGCACACUGAGGUUACUCGGUAUCUGGACUUCAAAGUCAUUGAAAGCAGCUAUGUAUACAAAGCAGGCAAAGUGCACAAAGUCCCCGGCACAGAGGAAGAGGCCCACGCUUCAGAUCUGAUGGGCAUGUUUGACAAGAGAAGGUUCAGGAAGCUGCUGCUCUUUGCCCUGAACUUUGAUGCGAGAAACCCUCGGACCUAUCAAGACAUGGAUCCUACAAAAACCACCACAAGGGACCUCUUCUGCCGCUUUGACCUGGGACUAGAUGUCAUGGAGUUCACAGGUCACGCCAUAGCCUUACACAGCAGUGACAGUUACCUGGACCAGCCAUGUUUGGAAACCAUCAAACGGAUCAAGCUGUACUCAGAGUCUCUCUCCCGCCACAACACCAGUCCAUAUAUCUAUCCUGUGUACGGGCUGGGGGAACUACCACAGGGAUUUGCCAGACUGAGUGCAGAGUACGGUGGAACGUUCCUGUUGAACAGAGCGGUGGAUGAGAUUGUGAUGGACAGUGGCAAAGUGAAAGCUGUGAAAUCUGAGGGGAAGAUGUUCCACUGUAAACAGCUCAUCUGCGAUCCAAGCUACGUUCCUAAUCGAGUGAGGAAAGUGGGCCGUGUGAUCAGAGUCAUCUGUUUAUUAAAUCAUCCAGUUAAAAACACUCACGAGGCCAAAUCCUGUCAAAUCAUCAUCCCUCAAGCACAACUCCACAGGAAAUCAGACAUCUACAUUUCUGUAGUGUCCUACGCCCACAACGUGGCCCCAGACGGGGUCUACAUCGCCACAGUGAGCACGACUGCAGAAACCAGCAACCCGGAGAAAGAAGUUCAGCCAGGACUCGAGCUCUUAGAGCCCAUCAUGCAAAAAUUUGUUUCAGUCCACCACAUGUUAGUUCCCAAUGAAGAUGGAAAGAAGAGUCAGAUAUUUGUGUCCCGCUCGUAUGACUCAACAAACCACUUUGAGACCGAGUAUGAGGACAUCAGAGACCUGUAUCGUCGCAUCACAGGAGCAGAGCUCUGCUUCAGAGGGUCACAGAGACACCAGUCUCACAACUCUGACGAUGACUGAGGAAGACUUUCAACAUCAGGACCAAGUAACCAGCAGCUGGGAGGCCAUGAUGACUUUAUGGAUGAUUGUACUCCUGCACAGCUGUUAAACAGAGGCUGUUAUGUAGCAUAGAGUGAAUUGUGAGUGUAUUAUAUAAAGGUUGGGUGUCUGUUUUUCACCUUAUUUCUCUGCUACAAUUUCUCCUUUUUGUGAAAUUGUGUAAAACAUGAUGUUGUGUAACACUUUGGAAAACAUCUUUUAUCUUUUGUUCAUCAUUUGCAAUGUUUUGGUAAGAGACAAAGUAAUCCUCCAUAACCAUAAAUACAUUUUUUUUCACGGUUCGUGGGUUUUACUGUUUAUAGUGACAAAGUAAAAUCUGCAGCACACUGGCUUAUGAGAGUAUCAAAUAUUCUCUUGUCUAAAGACAUUUGGACAUAUCAUCCGAAACUGACUGAAAUUAUGGCUAAAUCAUUAAUCUAACAAAGACAACUGCUUUUGAGCUGCUUCCAUAAUUCUUGGCAACUCUGCCUAUUAACUCAUCAAUGUAAUUAAUUCUUAUGUAAUCAACUGAAUCAUACAUAUGAAUAAAGGUGACCCAACUGUGGAGCCAAUCUGAUUUGAAAUGCUCCUGGUCCAUUUUUUUUUUUACUUUAAGUACCAAUCGGUGCAGGUUAAAGUACUAAUGCAGCAUCUUGUGCGCUAACGACGAGGAUUUAAACACGCAGUCCGACGCUGGACAUGUGGCACAGA